AUGUCAUCAUCAUCAACAACAACAUCAACAACAACAGUUAAGAGAAAUAACAUACCUCCUAUUAAUUUAUUAUUUCGAUAUUUACAAGAGAAAUUAACUGUUUCUAUUUGGUUAUUCGAACAGAAUGAUCUGAGAAUUAAUGGUAAAAUUGUUGGUUUCGAUGAAUUUAUGAAUUUAGUUGUAGAUGAUGCUAUAGAAUUAACAGGUGAUGGUAAAGAAAUUAAAUUGGGUAAAUUAUUAUUAAAAGGUGAUAAUAUUACAUUAAUUUCAUGUUUAGAUAUACAAUUAUAA